UCCCAGAUGCCACCGCGGCGCUUCUUGUGGUUGCCCGCGAACCAACGGUUCCGGAGGCCAGGGUUAACUGGGAACGACCAUCUGAAUUGAACCCAGACCCUUGCACAUGCUAGAUAAUGGCUGUACCACGAAACUGUGUUUUUGUGCUGCUGAGAACUGAACCCAGGGCCUUGCACCAUGGAACUAGACAAUGCUAGACAAUGGCUGCACCACAGAACUGCAGCUUCAUCCUAGCUCUCUCUGCCUCAGACAAUGAAUUCUGACCUAGCACAGAGUGUAGUUGGGAGCUAUCUUAACCCUCCAAAAAGCAUGUAUGUUCCGUCGUUCAGGCAAAACGAAGCAUUUCAGAACUGCCACCCUGUGAACUCUUCUAAAACGUUUAAUAGUCCAAACAACCAAGCACUUGUUUCAGCAUUGAAGACUCUCCAGGAGAAGAUUCAUCGUCUGGAGCUGGAGAGGACACAGGCUGAAGACAACCUGAAUGUUCUGUCCAGAGAAGCAGCGCAGUAUAAAAAGGCCCUGGAGAAUGAAACAGAAGAGAGGAAUCUGGCACACCAAGAACUCAUUAAGCAGAAGAAAGAUAUAAGCAUACAGUUAAGCUCAGCCCAGUCUCGUUGUCUGCUUCUAGAGAAGCAACUGGAAUAUACAAAGAGAAUGGUUCUCAAUGUAGAACGAGAAAAGAACAUGAUCCUAGAACAACAGACCCAGCUUCAAAGGGAAAAAGAGCAAGAUCAGAUGAAGCUGCAUGCUAAACUUGAAAAGCUGGAUGUCCUGGAAAAAGAGUGUUUUCGACUGACCAGAACUCAGCAGACCGCGGAGGAUAAGAUUAAAUAUCUGGAGGAGAAACUGAAGGAGGAGGAGCACCAGCGCAAGCUGUUUCAGGACAAAGCGGCUGAGCUUCACACUGGACUUGAAGUCAACAAAAUUUUAAUGUCCACGAUUUCAAACUCAAAGCACUGUAAGAAAAAGAAGAAACAACGAAAGCAAACUAACUGUAUAAAAAGAGAACCACCUCAACAAACGGACCACACGUCUAGAGCGCAGACUUUUGAGAGGGAGAAGAUGGUGGAGCCCAGCGGGUUGUGUAACCUUCAGAAACCUUUGCUAGCCUCUGAAGCACGGAGUCUCUCCAAGUCUCUCAGAACAGCUUCCCUGGCUACAGCUGAGACUCGCAACUCAGGAGAGCGCAUUUCCAUCUGUGACAAUUUGUCUGAACUCCUAAUGGCAAUGCAAGACGAGUUGGAGCAAAUGAGUAUGGAGCACAAAGAGCUGCUGAAACGAAUGAGGCACUCCAGAAGCCACGUUGUCUCUGAAGACAUAGAGCAAGAGCUGGAGCAGUUAGUCAAGAAGAUGGAAAAGAAAGAAGACCAGAUCUCCAAACUCAUAAAGCAUCAAGACAGUGUUCGUAAACUGCAGCGAAAAGUUCAGAACUCAAGAAUAAAGGAAUCUUCAGGCAUCCAAAAAGGAGACAGCCACCCCAAAGGAUCAAAGAGCAUGAAAAAGAGCCCUAGGAAAUGUUGGGAUGAAAGUAACCCUUUUCUGAAAAACAGCUUCCACUCAACACAAGUUCACAGUCUCCAGGCGACGCUGAGAAGAGAGGACAUCAAGUGGGAGCAGUGACACCACGGCCAACUGUCCCCUUGAAUGAGCUUCGCCAGUGAGAUCCACGUCGUCUACGUGGCUUUGAUUUAACAUACCUGCAGGAACCUUUGAAUUAUGUUUCUGGCUUCUAGAAAAUGUGAACUUGUAAAUUAUCAGAAUAAUGGCUAAUGACCUACCAGGAAUCCCAGAAUAUAAAUGAUUGCUUUUUGUUGUUAUUAACCAAAGGCCCCUGACCUCAUCAAGCUUUAGAAGAUUCCUUUUGCAGCUUCUUCAAGGUAAAUCCAAGGCACUGUAUGGAAUGGACACCCAUUAAAAUCAACUUAAAUCUGAGCUAUGGGUGCCAUUCCACAGCUUCAUUUAGGUUGGCUGUUACCUGCGGAUCACACAAAUGAACAGAGUCGCAAGUGUUUUUAGCUUUCCUGGAACUGCCGCCUCGCCCUGUUUUAAAUCUCAGCGGGAUUGUUUGUUUUGUUUGGAAAGGUAAAUUCUGCAGUUUUGUGAAAGGAGCGUUAAAUCAGCUUUGAUGUGACAGCUACAAAAUGUAAUGCGUAAUUAAAUUCUUGAAGACAGUCAUUCAGCUCUCUUCCUCCACUGGUCCCCACUCGUUUUUAUAACUUGUUUACCUUUUAAACGCCAACAACUGACCUUAUCAUGCUCUUUCAUAACUUUGCCUGGUUUCUUGUUUGCAUAUGUGACGAUGUGGAUGUCUAGGAUCCGAGAAGGUGAUGGGAUUUUAUAAGAAGAAGUUAGGCAUUUAACUAAUGUUAUCCACAGGUGGAAAUGAAUUAGGAAGAUGUGGUAUGUCUUUUUAUAUUUUAAAAUCAGUGAUGUCACAAUGGAUUUCUUUGUUGUAUACAUGUUAUAUAAUAAAUUUAUACUUUUUGCCUUUCUAGAAGCCUA